GUACCGCAUGGGGAUCGCAUACAUGGCUGUCUCUGGUCGUUUCCCGGGCCCAGGGCAGAACGAGAGAAUUCGUCGGUACAGCAAAGGCCAACAGCUGGUAUGGGCAAUUCGCACUACUUCCCAUAUCGAUAGGCCCCUCCUCGACGAAACAGCUUGAUUGUGGUCUCAAUCGCCGGAUGGCAGGUAGAAGCCCGCAUAAUCAAAGAGGGCUACGGUGUCCUCGCUGGCAUAGAAACUGCGAGGGGACGUUUGCGGAGGGAGCCCGCCCCGCAACUCCAGCAGCGAUGCAGUUCAGGCAAGUCGUUCUUUUGGCCGCUUUCCUGGUCCCCUUUGCCAGUUGCGCAGUGAUCGGGAACAUCACGGCUCCCACUACUGGGGUGUAUGGGUCAAGUGUCACGGCGGCGCGUCUCAACUUGCUGACCAUAUGUCAUUACCUGUCGAUGGUUCUCGUGGAAGGACGUGGCUGCAGGGGGAGAGAAGGGCUCGGCUGCUAUGUCGAAAACGUCGAGAACGUAGCUGAAAAAGGAGGAUGCAUCGGGAGCCACGGACUCGGCUGCAAUGUCGGCAACGUCGAGAAUGUAGAUCCCGGAUUGGAAACGGCUGUCGAGCGCCGAGGCGGCGGCGAAUCCUGGUUGAACACAGACACCGAGCUCGAGUCGCGCGGCGGACGCAAGCCUCCCAGUCGCCGGGCCAUAGCGAAGUCCGAUGCCAUUACCGUGUAGUCCACUUCCGAGUGGGGUUCGCUCUGAGCACAAGGAUGGAUGCCCGAACGAAGGAUGUUCCCAGAACUUUC